AUGAUCUUCCUUUGCGCGGUCUCCCGAUCUUUGAAUCCUUUGCGCGGUCUCCCGAUCUUUGAAUCCUUUGCGCGGCUUCGAGCUCUUGGUCCGUAUAAUCCCAAUUGUAAAGACUUCCCAUCUCAUCAAUCAAGGAAAAUGUCGUUAAGUUACCGUCAGCAACGCAAGGCCAACGAAUUAGCUGCGAGAACUAAGCCAAGGAUUAACCCAGAGACCUUGGAAGCUCACGUCCAACCAGGGACCUUGGAAGCUCACGUCCAUCCAACCAGGGACCUUGGAAGCUUGCAUUCAAUCCGAGCAGCAGCUUACGAGUGCUGA